AUUCAAGUAUAUGUUGUGCAUUUAGUCACCAUUAAGCACAAAGCAAGGUUGCAUUUAGCAGCUGAAUGUCCCAGUCUGGCUGCUCCAUUGUACCCUCGAGUAGGAGGUGUUGCAUCUUCAGGAGUCUGUGUGCACUGCUCCUCCCUCCCUCCUCUCCUUCUCUCAGCUGUGUUAGGGCUCUACACUCAUUUUCUGUCGAGCCGGUCAUUCCUCAACUCUCUCCGGCUCCCUUCUUCCCUGUCAUCUUUCUCAAGAGCGAUCUCCCCCGCCCCCACUCUCAGCCUCCAUCUACAAACAAACCAGCUUUUCAAGGAAAUGGAAAAGAGAAUAGGCUACAAGUGUCGCAUAGGAGGAGUGGUGCUUCUCCUGCUGACUAGCAUUGCAGCCCUCAUUGCUGUUGCUGUCAUCCAGCACACUUGGAGAUCGGAACAGUACAGUCCAGAGUAUGGCAUAGUGAUUGACUCUGGUUCAUCUCGUUCGACCAUGUUCCUCUACGAAUGGCCAGGAGAGAAGGAGAAUGAAACAGGAGUAGUGAAGGAAAAGACAGAAUGUAAAGUUAAUGCUAUUCCUAUCUCAGAAAUGACAGGGGACAAGCAGAAAGAUGCUGAAGUGUGGGAGGCAUUCAAGAAUUGCACGGAUCAAAUCCUCAAAGAAAUUCCUGUAGAAAAGCAGAAAUCCACAUCUCUUUUUCUAGGAGCUACAGCUGGAAUGAGACUGCUACAGUAAGAAAACGUACUAUAUUAUGCCAUCAUUGACUGUAAAGAACACAAAAGAAACGUAAAAACUCACCUUUGAUACUUUUCUUUCAUUUAUCUUCUAAACCCGUAUUGUCCCUUUCAGGAUCAUGAAGCUGCCGGAGCUAGUCACUUUGAUACUUUGUUUUUCCAAUUUGUUUGGAAUGUGGCUGUGUGACACGGCGUGAUGUUAAGUUAUGUCUUCCUCCAGUCUGGACCAACUUUGGUGUCUAUGAUAUGUAGUGUGGCUGAGUUUAUCAAAUAUUUAAUCACUGAAAACAGCAUUUUUGUAAUGUCAACAUGGUCCUGAGGCAAGUGUCCCUCAAGGUUUUACAGAUAUCCUUGCCCCUGUCACACCUGGUGACCUGAAAGGGGUGUUUUAUUUGGGAUCUCAAGGUUCUAACUGUCGGCCUGGUCCAGUUAACAAAUGAUCCGUUGUAUCUCAGGCCUUCGUACACACAAAAUAGCAAGGCUGUAGAUUGCUUUUUUACUUCGGGCAUGCGGCGCAUGAGCGGCCGUUGUGAACACAGACAACAAACCAAAGUAAGGAAGGGGGUUGAAGUCAGUUAGAU